AUGGUUGCUUUCAAGGACAUUAGAGCAUCGAAUUCGAGGAUCACAGCAGAUGUCGCGCCCAGCGUUGUAGUAUCGGUGGGAGGGACAGCGGGCAUUGGCAAAGCCACACUGAUCCAACUCGUGUCCCUAGGUUUACCUAUCAAAGUCUACGUCCUAGGGCGUAACGGGGCCACGCAAAAGCCUUUCAUUGACCGCCUUCGGCAGUCCAAUCCCCGGGCAGAAGUUGUUUGGCUCGAGGGACAAAUAUCUCUGCUUGCUGAAACGAGCCGCCUCUGCAACGAAAUCAAGGCCCGUGAAGAGAAGGUCGACCUCAUCCUUCUGUCAACUGGCUUCCUACCCAUGGGGCCACGCCAAGAAACAAGCGAAGGCAUCGAAAAGGCUUCUGCCGUCGGGUACUACAGUCGCAUGCUCAUCAUCACCCAGCUUCUACCUCUACUCUCCGCCGCUGCCGCAGACCCCUCCAGAACAUACACCCCCCGCGUAGUCAACAUUUGCGCUGCGGGCAGAGAGUCGAGUGACAUCUUCCUCGACGAUCUGGCACUCAAAGCACCAGGGCAUUUUGGUCUCGUGAGCUACCUGAAGCACGUCGGGACAAUGACGACUCUCACCAUGCGCAAGUUGGCCGAGGAUCCCGCCAACAAAGACAUUGUCAUGAUCCACCACUUCCCAGGCGGCGUUGGGACGGACUUGAUGAAGAAUCGAGACUCCCGAGCCGGCGGCUGGCUGGACAAUUGGGUCGGCACUGUGCUGAUGGGUAUCGCCGCUAGAGUCUUAAAGCUUCUGUCCACCACUGCGGAGCAAGCUGGCGAAAGAUGUCUGUACCUGAGUACAAGUGCAGCAUAUGGUGGGAAGGGAGUCCUGCCGAAUGAUAGUCAGGAAAGUGUUUUGACAUUGAGCAGGACACCUAGCGGUUCACUCUUUUCCAUUGGCGAAACGCUCGAGCCUGCAUGGAACGAUAAGGUGCUUGAUGAAUUGCAGAACAAACAAGCGCCUGAAAUAGUCUGGAGAUGGACUGAGGGUAUUUUAAGACCAUAUAAGUAA